ACUGCCCGCGGGAGCCGCCGCCGCCGCCGCGCCCGCCAUGGACGUCCGCCUGUACCCCUCGGCGCCCGCGGUGGGCGCGCGGCCCGGGGCCGAGCCGGCCGGCCUGGCGCACCUGGACUAUUACCACUGCGGCAAGUUUGAUGGUGACAGUGCCUACGUGGGGAUGAGUGACGGAAACCCAGAGCUCCUGUCAGCCAGCCAGACCUAUAACGGCCAGAGCGAGAGCAACGAGGACUAUGAGAUCCCCCCGAUAACACCUCCUAACCUCCCCGAGCCGUCCCUCCUGCACCUGGGGGACCACGAAGCCAGCUACCACUCGCUGUGCCACGGCCUCACCCCCAACGGGCUGCUCCCCGCCUACUCCUACCAGGCCAUGGACCUCCCUGCCAUCAUGGUGUCCAACAUUCUGGCACAGGACGGCCACCUGCUGUCGGGCCAGCUGCCCACGAUCCAGGAGAUGGUCCACUCGGAGGUGGCUGCCUACGACUCGGGCCGGCCAGGGCCGCUGCUGGGCCGCCCGGCGAUGCUGGCCAGCCACAUGGGCGCCCUCAGCCAGUCCCAGCUCAUCUCGCAGUUGGGCGUCAGGAGCAGCAUCGCCCACAGCUCCCCGUCUCCCCCCGGGAGCAAGUCCGCGACGCCCUCUCCCUCCAGUUCAACUCAGGAGGAGGAGUCGGAAGCCCAUUUCAAGAUCUCUGGAGAAAAAAGACCCUCAGCUGACCCAGGAAAAAAGGCCAAGAACCCCAAAAAGAAGAAAAAGAAGGACCCCAACGAGCCACAGAAGCCUGUGUCAGCCUACGCGCUCUUCUUCAGAGACACUCAGGCCGCCAUCAAGGGACAGAACCCCAGCGCCACCUUCGGGGAUGUGUCCAAGAUCGUGGCCUCCAUGUGGGACAGCUUGGGAGAGGAGCAGAAGCAGGCCUAUAAGAGGAAGACUGAAGCAGCGAAAAAGGAAUAUCUGAAGGCUCUGGCCGCCUACAGGGCUAGCCUCGUCUCCAAGAGCUCCCCAGACCAAGGUGAGACCAAGAGCACUCAGGUGAACCCACCAGCCAAAAUGCUGCCACCCAAGCAGCCCAUGUACGCCAUGCCGGGCCUGGCUUCCUUCCUGACGCCGUCGGACCUGCAGGCCUUCCGCAGCGGGGCCUCUCCUGCCAGCCUCGCCCGGACGCUGGGCUCCAAGUCACUGCUGCCUGGCCUCAGCGCGUCCCCGCCGCCGCCACCCUCCUUCCCGCUCAGCCCCCCACUGCACCAGCAGCUGCCACUGCCCCCCCACGCACAGGGCGCCCUGCUCAGCCCACCUGUCAGCAUGUCCCCAGCCCCCCAGGCCCCUGUCCUGCCCACCCCCAUGGCACUCCAGGUGCAGCUGGCGAUGAGCCCCUCACCUCCAGGGCCACAGGACUUCCCCCACAUCUCUGAGUUCCCCGGCAGCUCAGGCCCCCGCUCUCCUGGCCCAUCCAACGCCACGAGCAGCGGGGACUGGGACAGCAGUUACCCCAGCGGGGAGUGUGGCAUCAGCACCUGCAGCCUGCUCCCCAGGGACAAAUCACUCUACCUCACCUAAGCCCGCCUCCCCCCCUCCCUGAGGCUCACUGGAAGGGCGCUGCUCCGGGCCUGAAGGGCUGACAGCAGAAAAGAGGCGUUGGCAGGAGGCAGGGUGACUGAUCCGAGAGAGCAGUGACACACCAAUGCCCCAGGGCUGAGUCUCUCCCUCGACCUCCCACCAGACUCUGCAGAGGCGGCCCACUGCCCGCCGCCAGCCCAAAGAACCUGCAGGAACCUUCUGCCCGCUGACCUGCUUGCUCCAGGGUAGCUGUGGACCCCGCUCCUCACCCUGCACACGGUACCCUACAUCUGGAUGCCUGGCCCCAGCCCCAGCCCACGUGGGCUGCCCCUGGCGGGGUCUCUUACCAACAGACACCCACCCUAGAUGCAUGGGCCAGGGGGCCGGGCCCGCCAUGGACGUGCACAUAACGGUUUUCCAGUGUGAACAAAAGAGUAUGAAACCUAUGAACUGUUGGCUCCGUGUAAGUAGUUGGCUAAGUGUUUUAGAACCGUGCUGAAGACAUCUGUAAGAUUAUUUUGUGGGGGAAAAAGUAGUUUCCUUUAAGGUAAAAAAGCAUUUUAUAUGACCCUUAGCACAUUUUUUUUUAAGUUUUAUCUUAAGGGAGACGUGCACAAAAGCGGCCGCCAAACCAUUUCGUUGUCUGCAUAGCCAGAACCGGACAGUGACAGCCACCCUUGGAGGGUCGCUCUUUUCCUUUAACCAUAUGUCCAUCUAUUUAAAAUUGCCAACGAUGACCUUUGUCUAUUUAUGAAGAAACCUUGAGAACAAAGUUGCAGCUUCUCAUAACGUGUGUGUGGUUUUGGGGUUUGGUUUUGGUUUUGGUUCUUGACGUUGUUUGCAGCUGUUUCCUGGCCCUGGCGAAUGUGUGUCUCGGUGCCCAGUGCUUCUCUCGACUCUCUUUAUAAUAAAACUUCUGAAAAGUUGAAAA